AUGGCUGCGGCACUUGGGGGCCUUCUCCCCGGCGUCUGCGCCGUGCUGAUGGUAAUCGCCGUCGCAAGCGCUGCCUCCAGCGAAGCCUCCUCGGUGGUCGUCGGCCUCGCCAAAUGCGCCGACUGCACCAGGAAGAACAUGAAGGCCGAGGCGGCAUUCAAGGUCCAAGUUUCUCAUGCUAUCUACAAGUAUGUACCUAUCCCAUCAACAUGUAUUCCACUUGCUAAAUAUAUCACUCUUGUUGUCCAAAAUCUUUGA